AUGAACGCAGGCAUUUCCACCCCGCCAAUCAUCUCCGAUUAUCGUUCGGACCAUGAUACUGUAGCUCAGCGAGCCCACUACAGCCCGCCAUGGGCCGAUGUGAGCAUCAUUGGAGUUGCUGGCAGCUCGGGUUCGGGCAAGACGACCCUUUCUAAUGCCAUCGUUCGUCAACUGAACCUUCCCUGGGUCGUCAUCAUGUCCAUGGACUCCUUCUAUAAACCAUUAGACGAGGCAGCACACCAGCUUGCCUUCAGGAAUGAAUAUGAUUUUGAUUCCCCUGAUGCCAUUGACUUCGAUGAGCUGGUUAGCUGCUUGCGGGAUCUCAAGGCAGGGAAGCGUACUGAAAUCCCUGUGUAUUCCUUUGAGAAGCACCAGCGGCUGGACAAGACCACCGUUAUAUACUCCCCCCACGUCUUGGUGAUAGAGGGCAUUUUCGCAUUAUACGACCCUCGGGUGCGGGAACUGAUGGACAUGGGGAUCUACUGUGAGGCUGACUUAGAUACGUGUCUGUCGCGACGAAUCAUACGCGACGUGAGAGAUCGUGGGCGUGACGUAGAAGGCUGCAUCAAGCAGUGGUUUGGGUUCGUCAAGCCGAACUUUGAGAAGUUCGUGCAACCGCAAAGAAAUGUAGCAGACAUCAUUGUACCCAGAGGUAUAGAGAACCGGGUAGCCAUGAAUAUGGUGACUCAGUACAUCGAGAGGAAGCUUCUGGAGAAGUCGACCCAUCAUCGAGCAGCGCUCAAAAGCCUAGAACAUGGUUCCGAGAGCGAGCCACUCUCCGAGCGAGUCAUUGUUCUCAAGCCAACGACCCAGAUCAGAGGAAUGAGGACUAUCCUGCAGGAUAUCGACACCACCAGCGAGGAUUUCAUUUUCUACUUCGACAGACUAUCGUGCCUGUUGAUCGAAGAAGCCUUGAACAACGUUCACUUCAGAGAAAAAUUCGUUGAGACGCCCCAAGGACACCGAUACCGAGGCCUGACCGCUAAAGGCGAGGUCAGUGCCGUCAUCGUUCUCCGCGGCGGAGCUACUUUUGAGGCUGGCCUUCGCCGGGUCAUUCCAGACUGUCGGACCGGUCGCCUCCUGAUCCAGUCUAACAUUCGCACUGGCGAGCCAGAGCUGCACUAUCUCAAGCUGCCAUCUGACAUCUCCAAGCAUGAUAGUGUUCUACUGCUCGAUGCACAGAUGUCGAGCGGCGGCUCAGCCCUGAUGGCUGUUCAGGUACUGGUGGAUCAUGGUGUGCCACAAGACCGAAUUGUCUUUGCGACCUACUCCGGCGGACGGGUUGGCAUACAUCGUCUGACUAAGGUCUUUCCUGAGAUCACGGUCGUGGUUGCGAAUCUGCUGAGUGACAUCGAGGAACGAUGGGUAGAGAAGAGGUAUUUUCGGUGCUGA